CGAACGGCCGUGAGAUCGUGGAUAGUUCGCCUUUCUGCACCGUUAUUUCAUUGACACUGAAAGUUUUGGGUCCGGAGAGGAGCCUGUUUGUGCUGUUACUGUGGGUUUUGGGGGUAAAAAUAUUUCCAUUAUGGCUCAUUCAAAGACAAGGACCAAUGAUGGAAAAAUUACUUAUCCUCCUGGUGUCAAGGAAAUCUCAGAUAAAAUAUCUAAAGAGGAGAUGGUAAGACGGUUAAAGAUGGUUGUGAAAACUUUCAUGGACAUGGACCAGGACUCUGAAGAAGAAAAGGAGCUUUAUCUAAAUCUAGCUUUACAUCUUGCUUCAGACUUUUUCCUUAAGCAUCCUGAUAAAGAUGUUCGUUUACUGGUGGCCUGCUGCCUUGCAGAUAUUUUCAGGAUUUAUGCUCCUGAAGCUCCUUACACAUCCCCUGAUAAACUAAAGGAUAUAUUUAUGUUUAUAACAAGGCAGUUGAAGGGGUUAGAGGAUACAAAGAGCCCACAGUUCAAUAGGUAUUUUUAUUUACUUGAGAACAUUGCUUGGGUCAAGUCAUAUAACAUAUGCUUUGAGUUAGAAGAUAGCAAUGAAAUUUUUACCCAACUAUACAGAACAUUAUUUUCAGUUAUAAAUAAUGGACACAAUCAGAAAGUUCAUAUGCACAUGGUAGACCUCAUGAGCUCUAUUAUUUGUGAAGGCGAUACAGUGUCUCAGGAGCUUUUGGACACAGUUUUAGUAAAUCUGGUGCCUGCCCAUAAGAAUUUAAACAAGCAAGCGUAUGAUUUGGCAAAAGCUUUACUGAAGAGGACAGCUCAAGCUAUUGAACCAUAUAUUACCAAUUUUUUUAAUCAGGUUCUGAUGCUUGGGAAAACAUCUAUCAGUGAUUUGUCAGAACAUGUGUUUGACUUAAUUUUGGAGCUCUACAAUAUUGAUAGUCAUUUGCUGCUCUCUGUUUUACCCCAGCUUGAGUUUAAAUUAAAGAGCAAUGAUAAUGAGGAACGACUCCAAGUUGUUAAACUACUAGCAAAAAUGUUUGGGGCAAAGGAUUCAGAAUUGGCAUCUCAAAACAAACCACUUUGGCAGUGCUACUUGGGCAGGUUUAAUGAUAUCCAUGUACCAAUACGCCUGGAAUGUGUGAAAUUUGCUAGUCAUUGUCUCAUGAACCAUCCUGAUUUAGCAAAGGAUUUGACAGAGUAUCUUAAAGUGAGGUCACAUGACCCUGAGGAAGCUAUUAGACAUGAUGUUAUCGUGUCUAUAGUUACAGCUGCUAAAAAGGAUAUUCUUCUGGUCAAUGAUCACUUACUUAAUUUUGUGAGAGAGCGAACAUUAGAUAAACGGUGGAGAGUGCGUAAAGAAGCUAUGAUGGGACUUGCCCAAAUUUACAAGAAAUAUGCUUUACAGUCAGCAGCUGGAAAAGAUGCUGCAAAACAGAUAUCAUGGAUUAAGGACAAAUUGCUACAUAUAUAUUACCAAAAUAGUAUUGAUGAUCGAUUACUUGUUGAACGGAUCUUUGCUCAAUACAUGGUUCCCCACAAUUUGGAAACUACAGAGCGGAUGAAGUGCUUAUAUUACUUGUAUGCCACACUGGAUUUAAAUGCUGUGAAAGCAUUGAAUGAAAUGUGGAAAUGUCAAAAUCUGCUCCGACAUCAAGUAAAGGAUUUGCUUGACUUAAUUAAGCAACCUAAAACAGAUGCCAGUGUCAAGGCCAUAUUUUCAAAAGUGAUGGUUAUUACAAGAAAUUUGCCAGAUCCUGGUAAGGCUCAGGAUUUCAUGAAGAAAUUCACACAAGUGUUAGAAGAUGAUGAGAAAAUAAGAAAACAGUUAGAAGUACUUGUUAGUCCAACAUGCUCCUGCAAACAGGCUGAAGGUUGUGUGCGUGAAAUAACUAAGAAGUUGGGCAACCCUAAACAGCCUACAAAUCCUUUCCUGGAAAUGAUCAAGUUUCUCUUGGAGAGGAUAGCACCUGUGCACAUAGAUACUGAAUCUAUCAGUGCUCUUAUUAAGCAAGUGAACAAAUCAAUAGAUGGAACAGCAGAUGAUGAAGAUGAGGGUGUUCCUACUGAUCAAGCUAUCAGGGCAGGUUUGGAACUGCUUAAGGUCCUCUCAUUUACGCAUCCUAUCUCAUUUCAUUCUGCUGAAACAUUUGAAUCACUUCUGGCUUGUCUGAAAAUGGAUGAUGAAAAAGUAGCAGAAGCUGCACUACAAAUUUUCAAAAACACAGGAAGCAAAAUUGAAGAGGAUUUCCCACACAUCAGAUCAGCAUUGCUUCCUGUUUUACAUCACAAAUCUAAAAAAGGACCCCCUCGUCAAGCCAAAUAUGCCAUUCAUUGUAUCCAUGCGAUAUUUUCUAGUAAAGAGACCCAGUUUGCACAGAUAUUUGAGCCUCUGCAUAAGAGCCUAGAUCCAAGCAACCUGGAACAUCUUAUAACACCAUUGGUUACUAUUGGUCAUAUUGCUCUUCUUGCACCUGAUCAGUUUGCUGCUCCUUUGAAAUCUUUGGUAGCUACUUUCAUUGUGAAAGAUCUUCUCAUGAAUGAUCGGCUUCCAGGAAAAAAGACAACUAAACUUUGGGUUCCAGAUGAAGAAGUUUCUCCUGAGACAAUGGUUAAAAUUCAGGCUAUUAAAAUGAUGGUUCGAUGGCUACUUGGAAUGAAAAAUAAUCACAGUAAAUCAGGAACUUCCACCUUAAGAUUGCUAACAACAAUAUUGCACAGUGAUGGAGACUUGACAGAGCAGGGAAAAAUUAGUAAACCAGAUAUGUCACGUCUGAGACUUGCUGCUGGAAGUGCUAUUGUGAAGCUGGCACAAGAACCAUGCUACCAUGAAAUCAUCACAUUAGAACAAUAUCAGUUAUGUGCAUUAGCUAUCAAUGAUGAAUGCUAUCAAGUAAGACAAGUGUUUGCUCAGAAACUUCACAAAGGCCUUUCCCGAUUACGGCUUCCACUUGAAUAUAUGGCAAUCUGUGCACUUUGUGCUAAAGAUCCUGUAAAAGAGAGAAGAGCUCAUGCUAGACAGUGUCUGGUAAAAAAUAUAAAUGUAAGACGCGAGUAUCUAAAGCAACAUGCAGCUGUUAGUGAAAAAUUAUUGUCUCUUCUACCAGAGUAUGUUGUUCCAUAUACAAUUCACCUUUUGGCACAUGACCCAGAUUAUGUCAAAGUACAGGAUAUUGAACAACUUAAAGAUGUUAAAGAAUGUCUUUGGUUUGUUCUGGAAAUAUUAAUGGCUAAAAAUGAAAAUAACAGUCAUGCAUUUAUCAGAAAAAUGGUUGAAAAUAUUAAACAAACAAAAGAUGCCCAAGGACCAGAUGAUGCAAAAAUGAAUGAAAAACUAUACACUGUGUGUGAUGUUGCCAUGAAUAUCAUCAUGUCAAAGAGCACCACAUACAGUUUGGAAUCUCCUAAAGACCCAGUACUACCAGCCCGUUUUUUCACCCAACCGGACAAGAAUUUCAGUAACACCAAAAAUUACCUGCCUCCAGAAAUGAAAUCGUUUUUCACUCCUGGAAAACCUAAAACAACCAAUGUUCUAGGAGCUGUUAAUAAGCCACUUUCAUCAGCAGGAAAACAAUCUCAAACCAAAUCAUCACGAAUGGAAACUGUAAGCAAUGCAAGCAGCAGCUCAAAUCCAAGCUCUCCCGGAAGAAUAAAAGGGAGGCUUGAUAGUUCUGAAAUGGAUCACAGUGAAAAUGAAGAUUACACAAUGUCUUCACCUUUGCCGGGGAAAAAAAGUGACAAGAGAGACGACUCUGAUCUUGUAAGGUCUGAAUUAGAGAAGCCUAGAAGUCGGAAAAAAAACCCUGUCACAGAUCCAGAGGAGAAAUUAGGCAUGGAUGACCUGACUAAAUUGGUACAAGAACAGAAACCCAAAGGCAGUCAACGAGGCCGGAAAAGAGGCCAUACAGCUUCAGAAUCAGAUGAACAGCAGUGGCCUGAAGAGAAGAGGCUCAAAGAAGAUCUUUUAGAAAAUGAGGAUGAACAGAACAGUCCACCAAAAAAGGGUAAAAGAGGCCGACCACCAAAACCUCUUGGUGGAGGUACACCAAAAGAAGAACCAAUGAUGAAAUCUUCUAAAAAAGGAAACAAAAAAAAAUCUGGACCUCCUGCACUAGAGGAAGAGGAGGAAGAAGAUAGACAAAGUGGAAAUACAGAACAGAAGUCAAAAAGCAAGCAGCACCGAGCAUCAAGGAGAGCACAGCAGAGCAGAGCAGAAUCUCCUGAAACUAGUGCACUUGAGUCCACACAAUCCACACCACAGAAAGGACGAGGAAGACCAUCAAAAACGCCAUCACCAUCACAACCCAAAAAAAAUGUCCGUGUAGGACGCUCCAAGCAAGCAGCUACUAAAGAAAAUGAUUCAAGUGAAGAAGUGGAUGUGUUUCAGGGUAACUCUCCUGUCAAUGAUGAUAUUCCACAGGAAGAAACAGAGGAAGAGGAAGUUUCUGCAGUAAACGUACGGCGGCGAAGUUCUAAAAGGGAAAGGCGAUGAACAAAUAUAAUUUUCUUUACGAAAACUUUGGAAAAAAUCAUUUUUUUGUCAAGCUUGAGGCUGAAUCAAGCCUUUGAUGCACAAAAUGGGACUGCUGAAGAACGGACAGUUGGACCUUACUUUAUGACCUCAUGCAUUUGUGGUCACACGCUUUAGCCAUACACAUGGUGAUGACAUUGACUAUGGAGUAUUGUGAAAGUGUAAUGUGCGAUGGCUAUGUAGACAUAAACUAAAGAAAAACCUGUAAAUAUCUUUUUUUCUUUCCUUUUAAAUGUUUCUGACUUCUAAAGUGCUUGUAUAGCUUUUAUCUGCGGCUUUAAACUGACAGUACCCAACUGUUUACUGGAUCUAUUGAUUUGAAAAGAGUUUGUUAGGAUAGAUCUUAAGCAGUAAUCUGUCAGCGUAUUUGUAUUUUCUGCAGUUUUACUGUGAAAAAAAAUUUUUUUUCAACAAUUGGUGUCAUUUUCUUGAUGUCACUAUUUGUUGGGAGUGUUAAAUAGUCUUUUCCCCUUGUGUAUCUUACCUAGUGUUUACUCCUGGGCAUCCUCAAUAUUCAGAGGUGCUAAAUGGUUUGCCAUUACACCAGAAUUAAGCUUCUGAUGGGAAGACACCAUGCAAAUUGUGAAAUAGUCCUAACGUUGCUUGAUUGCUUUACAGAUCAACUCAGUAUUGGUCCCAGAAUUUUCUGACCUUUCAUGGCAAUGAAAAUUUUAAGAAGAAAGAGAUUUAAAAUAUUUUAAUUUUAAAGAGUGUGUUAUAAAAUAAUGUAAUGAAUUCUUUAUCCCAUUUUAUCAUCCCUUUUCAGUUUUUAUUAAUCUACUGUAUCAAUAAAAUUCUGUAACUUGAGUUUUUCAUAGUCUAGAAUGUUGUUGUGUAUAAGUAAUUUCCUUUUGAACAUUUUGUUCAGAAAAUGCAAAUUAUUACACUAUAAUAUAAAAUCUGAUAUAUACACAUUUAGAAAAUACCAGUUCUUCAUAACAGUGUAAAGUUAAUCAGAAAGAAAAAAUUUUAUUGAUGCAGUGUGUCUUUAUAAAUCUGUUCUUGAAAGCCAAGUGUUUUGUAUUUUAUAGUGAGUUGCAUGUUUAUGAAAAGUGCUGAAAAUGAGAUGUGCUUUUUUCUGUAAAUUCAUAUUUAGCCACAGUAUAUGAUAGAUUACCCCAUAACAUAGUUUUUCAUCAAAAGCUUAUUACUGUACUUUAUUUUGGAGCCAAAAAUUGUUUUGGGGGGAGGGACAGGGUAGAAGUGAUAUAUUCAACUAUAUCAGCUACUGUAUGAAUCACAGUCUUACAAUAUUGAAUGCAACUCCACUUCAUUUAGAUUGGUUGAAGUGGAAAUUUAUUUGGAUUUAGAACAGAUCUUUUUCUUUUCUUUUUUUUUGUUCAUUGUAAUCUGCAAACAUAGAAACAAAUUGCUUAAGGGAGUAUUCUUUUUACAGUUAUAUAGACUGUAUUUUGAACCAAAACAUACAGAUUACUGAUUAAUACUUACCCAAAUCAUUUUAGUAUUUCAGGUGCUGUUCUUUUGUUUUUUUCAUGGUAGUUAACACCAGAAAAAAAAAUCAUAUUCUAACUUAUUAAAUUUAUCACAUUGAAUAAUGGAGCAUUUUCAUAUAAAACACCAUUAUGUUUAAGGUAUAUUUCCAAGAUUGGUUAUAAUAGAUGGGGGAUAUAAUAAAGAAGUUACUAUUUUAGAAAAUGACAUUUUACUAUUUUCCAGUGUGUUUUGCAAUUGAUGUGAUUUUUUUUCUUUUAAAGAUUUCCAUGUUUUUGGAACAACCUUUUAUUUUUAGAAAGAUGUUUUGAAUUAUGUUUUCUCAGUGUUUAACUUUUCUUUAUUUACACCAAUACCGACACCAGUGAUUAUAGGAAGCUGCUGUAUGUCGAGGCAGCUAAUUUUGGAUUACAAUACUUUUUUUUCUUAAUGUUUAAUUAGUUCAGUUUUCCCAACACACUAUUUCUGUUGCAGUAGUACAAAGGAGGCAUGUUUUUAAAUCUAUAACAUAACAAAUAAGGAAUAGCUUUGUAUUUUUGUUAUUGACUAAACUGCACCAGAAGUAUUUAUGGAAAUAUAUCUUCAAGGCCAUUUUAUAAAACAUGAGAAAAUGAUUGUGGAAGAUUUUUAUUUGCAUGAUCAUAGUUACCCAGAUUUCAUUGCACUGUACAUCAUUAAUAUUGUACAUCAUUUCACACAUACAAAAAAUGUUCAUUGUAGAUUUUAUGUUCCAUGCCAAUAAGUCUGUAAUUUUACAAUGUGUCUGUUGAUUUUUGGGGAGGAUUAUGAUGUAAAUUUUUCAGUUUUCUGUAGAAAAAUAGGUGCAAUAAUGAUCAAAAUUUUGAGUCUCCAUCUUAGAGGCUUAUCUUAUUAUUAUGUUUAAACAACAUUUUAUGUACUAACAUUUGGAGAGCCACAUCCUUUAAAAACAAUAAAAUUAAGUGUGUAUAAAACAUUAAUUGCUAACUGUUGUUAGCACACUCUGCAGUGAUAAUGUUUAUUCUGAAAGUACGUACUGUAUAACAUUAAGAAAAUAUUUAACUCACUGUAACAAGUUCCAUUAUGAAAACCUUAAGGUCCUCAGUGAGGUUACCUUGCUGCACUCUGUAGCAAAUCCAUUUAAUCUACAUUAUAAUAAAAUUUCUUGCUGCAGUGCAACAGGAAGCUUUUUCAGUGAUCUUCACUGUAUAUGUAAAUUACAAAUGUGGCUGUAAAACUUAUUCCAGAUAUUAAAGGUUAAAUUGCUUUCUAUAUCUUCUUACAACUUGUAAGUUUGAUUUGUAAGAUUUCCUUUUGCCCACUUGAAAAUUUCAGAGUUUGUUUAAUUUAGGUAUAUCUCUACCAGAUAGUAUUCAUGUCACCAUAAUGAGCAACUGGUAAUUAGAUAACCAAUUUUCAGACACAGUUUUUGAAUUUCUGUGAAGUUUAAUAAACAUGAAAGCUUA